AUGCUCUUGACGGGUUCCAUGAAUGAAUCAGGAAGUGAUUCUGUCAGUGAGAAAGGUGAACGGAGUGAUUCCAGUGGAUCGGGUUCUGGUAGUGAAAGUGACAGUGGAUCCAGUUCUGGGUCAGCAUCUGGAUCUGCUGGAAGAUCUGGGUCAGAAAAAUCUUCUAAUGUAGAUAGAUCGCAUCACAGUGACGAUGAUACAAAGUUUUCACCGAAACAUAGCAAUCCAAAUUCUUCAAAAUCAGACCAUCACACCGAUAAAGAUUCUUCAAGUGAGGAUACAAUAAAACCAAAAUCUAGAAGUAACCAUGGCAAAAUUAAAUCUGACCUGUGGGAAGAUAACCCUGACAUUUAUGGUAUUAGAAGGUCUGGAAGGUCCAGAAAAGAACCAGAUAGACUGAAAGUAGCAGAUAGUGACUCAAGUGAGAAAGGAAGAAGCCAUAAUAGAAAGACUAGAAAAAAAAGUGAUUCAUGGAAUUCAGAUUCAUCUGAUAGUGAUAGUGAUAUGAAAGGUUCACCACCACCACCUUCUAAGAGACCAGGCCAAAGAAGUGUACCCUUAAGAAAAAAAAAGCCGGCAAGGAGAAGAUUCUCUAGUGAUGAAGAUGAAAGUUCAGAGGCUUCCGAUGAAGACACUAGAAGUCGAACAGCCACAAGAAGGACUGCAGGUGCAGCAGUUAGUUAUAAGGAAGCAAGUGAUGAACAAACAGAUUCUUCUGAUCUUCUAGAAGUUGAAGGGGCUGAUGGUGAAGCGGAAGGUGAACCUGAACCAGAAGAUCACAGUGAGACCAUUGAAAGAGUGCUUGGGUACCGACGUGGGAAAAAAGGAGUCACUGGCAAUGUGACUACAGUCUAUUAUGUAGAACAACAUGGAGAUCCUAACGAAGGGUGUAAUCCUGAAGAUGAAGAGUCUACAGAACCCCAGUACCUGAUUAAAUGGAAGGGUUGGUCUCAUAUUCACAACACUUGGGAAUCUGAGAAAUCACUUAAUGAACAGAAAGUAAAAGGUCUUAAAAAACUUGAAAAUUAUAUAAAAAAGGAAGCAGAGUUAUCAUGGUGGAGACAAAGGGCAGGACCAGAGGAUAUUGAUUACUUCGAAUGUCAGAGUGAAUUACAUCAGGAACUUGUUAAGACAUAUAACAAUGUUGAAAGAAUAAUUGCUGAACAAACCCGAGAGUUAGAUGGAGGUGGAACAGCUCGUGAAUACUUUUGCAAGUGGGAGUCACUUCCAUAUGCAGAUGCUACUUGGGAAGACUCAGCUUUAAUAGAGAAGCGAUGGCCAGUUCAAGUAGAACAUUUUAAGCAUAGAGAAGCUGCUAAAACCACACCAUCGAGGCAUUGUCCUGUCUUGAGAAGGCGACCAAAAUUUCAUCAGCUUAAAGAACAACCGGAGUACAUGGGUAAAGAUAAGACAUAUAUACUACGAGAUUAUCAAAUGGAUGGAUUGAAUUGGUUAAUACAUUCCUGGUGUAAAGAUAAUUCUGUUAUACUUGCUGAUGAAAUGGGUUUAGGUAAAACAAUACAGACUAUUUGUUUCUUGUACUACCUAUUUCAAUCACAACAACUUUAUGGACCAUUCCUUUGUGUUGUACCAUUGAGUACAAUGACUGCAUGGCAGAGAGAGUUUGAACAGUGGGCGCCUGACAUCAAUGUUGUUACAUACAUUGGUGAUGUGAUCAGCAGAGAUAUUAUAAGGCAAUUUGAAUGGAGUUUUGCGAGUUCAAAAAGGCUUAAGUUCAAUGCUAUUUUAACAACCUAUGAGAUUUUACUUAAAGAUAGACAGUUCCUAAGGUCAUUCAGUUGGGCCUGCUUGUUAGUAGAUGAGGCUCAUAGAUUAAAAAAUGAUGAUUCCCUGCUAUACAAAGCAUUAAAAGAGUUCGAAACGAAUCAUCGAUUAUUAGUAACUGGUACACCACUACAAAAUUCCUUGAAGGAAUUAUGGGCGUUAUUGCAUUUUAUAAUGCCUUACAAAUUUGAAUCAUGGGAAGAAUUUGAAAAAGACCAUGAAGAUGCUGCAACAAAAGGCUAUGAAAAACUACACAAGCAGUUGGAACCAUUUAUAUUGAGGAGACAAAAGAAAGAUGUUGAGAAAUCCUUGCCAGCAAAAGUAGAGCAAAUUUUACGAGUAGAAAUGACUGCUAUUCAGAAACAAUAUUAUAAAUGGAUUCUAACUAAGAAUUAUAGUGCUUUGCGUAAAGGUGUUAAGGGGUCCAUUAAUACAUUUAUCAAUAUUGUUAUAGAAUUAAAAAAAUGUUGUAAUCACGCCCUUUUGACCAAGCCUGAAGAUUUUGAAUCGAGAGCAUCCCUAGCAACUACAGAUGCUGUUGAGAAACUGUUACGAGGAUCUGGAAAGCUGCUAUUGCUAGAUAAAUUGCUUUGUAGGCUAAAAGAGACUGGUCACAGAGUGCUUAUAUUUUCUCAAAUGGUCAGAAUGUUGGACAUCUUAGCAGAGUACUUACAGAGGAGACAUUUUCCAUUCCAACGUCUUGAUGGCAGUAUAAAAGGUGAACUGAGAAAACAGGCACUAGAUCAUUUUAAUGCAGAAGGAUCACAAGACUUUUGCUUUUUACUAUCGACUCGAGCUGGCGGGUUAGGUAUUAACUUAGCCACUGCAGAUACUGUCAUUAUAUUCGAUUCAGAUUGGAAUCCUCAAAAUGACCUACAGGCUCAAGCACGUGCUCAUCGUAUUGGACAGAAAAAUCAGGUGAAUAUUUAUCGCUUAGUCACCGCCAGAUCUGUAGAAGAAGACAUUGUAGAAAGAGCCAAAAGAAAGAUGGUUUUAGAUCAUCUUGUAAUCCAGAGAAUGGAUACUACUGGUAGGACUGUACUUAAUAAACGGGAUGCAUCUGGAACAACGGCAAAUAAUCCAUUUAAUAAAGAAGAUUUAAAUGCUAUAUUGAAAUUUGGUGCCGAAGAGUUGUUCAAAGAUGAUGACGAGAAUGAUGAGGAUCCUGUUUGUGAUAUUGAUGAGAUUUUACAACGAGCUGAGACACGUGAUGAAGGUCCAACCAUGGCAGGGGAUGAAUUGCUUUCAGCAUUUAAAGUGGCCAGUUUUGCUUUUGAUGAAGAAAAAGCCGUAAUGGAGGUGAAAAAGGAAAAUACAGAAGAAGAAAGUAAAGAUUGGGAUGAUAUAAUACCUGAAAACGUUCGUAAGAAUAUUGAAGAACAAGAGAAAAGUAAAGAAAUGGAAGACCUAUAUUUACCUCCACGAAGAAAGAAUAUGCAAGCAAAUAAUGAUGAUGGUAGAGACGGGAGGAAGCGUCGCGGCCGAGGAUCUGGAGAAGGCGGUGCUGAUGGUGAAGGAGACUUGGAAAGUGAUGCCUCUGAAGCUGAAGCUAGCGCUGACGAUGAUCGGCCGCGCAAAAGGGGGCGGCCUCCCGCAUCGCAUAGAGAAAAGAUUAAAGGAUUUACAGAUCAAGAGAUACGGAGAUUUGUUAAAAGUUACAAAAAGUUCUCUGCACCGUUGAAGCAUUUGGACAGUAUAGCAUGUGAUGCUGAGCUCCAAGAAAAACCUUUAGCUGAUCUUAAAAAGCUGGGUGAGAUACUACAAGAGCGAUGUAAAGCUGUACUCAGUGAGACAACAGAAACCACUAAUGAACAAAGCGAUGGCCGAAAGAAUGCUAGAAAAUCCUUUAAACUUGGAGGUGUCCCUGUUAAUGCCAAAACGAUGGCUGCUUGCCAGGAUGAGUUAGCGCCUUUGGACGAAUUCUUGCCUGAAACAAAAGAAGAAAGACUGAAAUGGCAAUUGGAUUUCAGGACAAGACCUGCAAAUUUCGAUGUUGAAUGGGGCGUUGGUGAUGAUUCAAAACUCCUUGCUGGAAUAUACCAGUAUGGUAUGGGUUCAUGGGAGGCUAUCAAAAUGGAUUCUUCAUUUGAAAUUGGUGAUAAAAUUCUUACAAAUGAAGACAAAAAACCACAAGCAAAACAUUUACAAUCUAGAGCUGAAUAUUUGCUUAAGUUAAUAAAAAAAUUGUUAGAUCAAAAAAAUGGUAAGCAGAAGCAAAGGAAACCAAGGAUGAAAAAAGGAAAUAAAGAGCCUGUAACAAAAGAUAUUGUUGAAGAAGAUGUUACUUCUGGUGAUGAAAACAAGAAAAACAACAAGAAUGUAAAAAAUGAAAAAUCUGAUAAGGUUAAAUCAAAAUUAGAAGAAAUUUCAACGCAUGAUGAGACUUCCAAUGAUAGAAAAGAAAAAGAUAAGAAACGCACAAAGAAAGAGGGUAAAGACCGAACAAAAGGGGACAAAGUUAAAGGUCGCAAAAAACCUGCCGGGCCUAUGCAUUUUACAGCAAAUAAUGAGCCUAGAGCAUUAGAAGUUUUAGGUGACCUUGAUCCAUCCGUCUUUGAAGAGUGUAAAGAAAAAAUGAGGCCAGUUAAAAAAGCUCUGCGGGCACUUGAUAAUCCUGAUCAGACUUUAUCUGAAGCUGAACAAGUAUCAAGAACAAGAUCAUGUCUAUCACAAAUUGGAAACCAAAUAGAUAUAUGUUUAGAAGAGUAUCCAGAUCCCGAAAAGAAAGUUGAGUGGAGGAGCAAUCUCUGGUAUUUUGUAUCAAAAUUCACAAAUUUUGAUGCGAAACAGUUAUAUAGGUUAUAUAAGUAUGGUCUCAAGAAAACUGUAGAUGGUCCCAAACAUAAAGAUGGGAAACGCAAAGAAAAUGCGAAAGGUGCUAAGAAUAAUCUAAAUUCAAAUAAUCAUAUAAAUAAGUCAUUUAAAAAAGAAAACAAGCACGACGAUACAAAUCAUAGAAAAGAAAAAAGACCGAAAAUAGACAGAGAGAAGUCGUCAGAUAAAGCAAAUGAGAAAAAUCCACAUUCAUCAGGGGUAAAAAGGAAAUUAGAAGAAGGUGAAUGUGAUCCUGAGGCUAACGAAAACAAACGACAUGAGAGAGAUCGAGGCAGGUCGGAGCGCGAGCGGGACCGGGACCGGGACCGAGACCGAGAUCGAGAGCGGGAGCGGGACCGAGAACGUGACCGGGACCGGGAGAGAGAGAGGGACCGGGAUCGCGAGCGUUCCCGGACACGACGAGACAGUGGUGGUGUGGGUCCGGGGCGAGUGCGCCCGCCGUAUGCAAUGUCACAUCCACACCCGGAUCAUCAACAGCACCCUGCUUGGACUCCCCCCGCCUAUCCUGGACCGCGUCAGUAUCGUGGCGAUCGUAACCCACGACCGCAUGAUAAAAGAAGCAGGUUUGGUGGUUAUGCUGGAAUGGGUGGUCCGUAUACUGGGUACUAUGAGGGUGGCGCAAUGCCGAGCGGAAUGGGGUUUCCUCCAGUGCGGCCAUAUCCGGACGAUUGGCGAAGCUAUCCUCAGCCUGAGUAUGCUUACGAUGAACGGGAUUAUGAACGUGAAGUCUAUAGAAGGGACUAUGAUCGACGUGCACCCCCCACAUAG